AUGAGCGAUCAAAAGAAGGAGGAAGCUAUGCCCUCAGAGGGGGAGAAUUCACCUGAGGCAGAAAACAUCAGCAACAAUUUUAAAAAAAGCAAAACUGGAGCCUCUCAGGAUUCUCAGCCUUCCCCCUUGGCUCUCUGGGCAGCAACUUGCAGCAAAAUAGGGACACCGGGGUGUUUGCCAUCAGUACCCGGAGACUUUGGGCCUCCCCAGGAGAUGUCUACGAUAGUUAAUGACAUGAAUCCUGAUUUGCAAACCACGAGAAGGACUUUCCUUCUGAUCGAGGACGGCAGUCCUGGGUGUGUCUUGACCAGGAGGUGGGGACCAUCUGUGAAGAUGGAAGCGGAGGUCUCUGAGGAGGAAGGGUCUCCCUUGGAGGAAGAGCAGAAGGCGCAGGCCCAGGAGCAUGCCCAAGAGGCCCUCUCACACGGCAGUGAAGAGACGGGUCCUUUUUCCUUCGAGGAGGUGGCUGUGUUUUUCACCGAGGCUGAGUGGGCCCUGCUGGAUCCAGACCAAAGAGGUCUCUACAGGGAAGUCAUGCUGGAGAACUAUGGGAAUGUGGCCUCUCUGGCAGGAGAUGUUGAGGAGUCAGUUGGGGAACUUCACGGGUUCUCACUGGAAAAAGCCAAGAUUGAACAGGCUGAAGGAAACUUCGAGAACAGAGAUGAACCACAGAGGCAGGAAGGAAACCAUACACUGAAAAGGGGGGUUAAGACCAUUCAUCGCCAAGGAAGCCGGUUCCGUGAAAUCCCUGUCUGCAGCCAUCACCAACGGACUCUUUCAGGAAUGAAACUGUUCAUCUGUUCAGAGAAUGGAAUGACAUUCUGCGGUCAAAGGAAGGCACAUAAAUGCCGUUGUUGUGGAAAGUACUUCAGAUACAGAACACAGCUUUUAGUACACCAAAGAAUACACACAGUACUGAAACACGUUGAAUUCUCAGAGUGCAGAAAGAACUUCAGUAAGAAUUCCGGUCUACAAAAGCACCAAAGAAUCCACACAGGUAAGAAGACUUUUCAAUGCUCAGAGUGUGGAAAGACAUUCAGUGUGAGUUCCAGUCUUCAAAAGCAUCUAAGAACCCACACAGGGGAGAAACCAUUUGAAUGCUCAGAGUGUGGAAAGAGAUUCAGUCAGUGUGGCGGUCUUCAGUAUCAUCAAAGAACCCACACAGGGGAGAAACCAUUUGAAUGCUUAGAGUGUGGAAAGAGAUUUAAUGGCAGUGGCAAUCUUCAAGUGCAUCAAGUAACCCACACAGGGGAGAAACCUUUUGAAUGUUCAGAGUGUGGAAAAAGAUUCAGUCUGAAAUACACUCUUCAAAAGCACCUAAGAACCCACACAGGGGAGAAACCUUUUGAAUGCUCAGAGUGCGGAAAGUCAUUCAGUCAGUGUGGCUAUCUUCAGUAUCAUCAAAGAACCCACACAGGGGAGAAACCAUUUGAAUGCUCAGAGUGCGGAAAGAGAUUCAGUGCAAAUGGUGGCCUUCAGCAGCAUAAGAGAACCCACACAGGAGAGAAACCUUUUGACUGCUCAGAGUGUGGAAAGAGAUUUAGUGCGAAUUCCAGUCUUCAGUAUCAUCAGAGAACCCACACAGGGGAGAAACCAUUCGAAUGCUCAGAGUGUGGAAAGAAGUUCAGUGUGAGUGGCAGUCUUCAAAAGCAUGAACGAACCCACACAGGGGAGAAACCUUUUGAAUGCUCAGAGUGCGGCAAGACAUUCAGUCGAUGUGGCAGGCUUCAGCAGCAUCAAAGAACCCACACAGGGGAGAAACCUUUUGAAUGCUCCGAGUGUGGAAAGAGAUUCAGUUUGAGUGCCACUCUUCAGCAGCAUCGGAGAACCCACACUGAGGAGAAACCUUUUGAAUGCGCAGAGUGUGGAAAGAGAUUCAGCCGCAGUGGCUAUCUUCAAAAGCAUAAGAGAACCCACACAGGGGAGAAACCUUUUGAAUGCUCAGAGUGUGGAAAGAGAUUCAGUCAGUGUGACAGUCUCCAAAAGCAUCUAACAACCCACACAGGGGAAAAACCUUUUGAAUGCUCAGAAUGUGGGAAGAGAUUCAGUUUGAAUUCCAGGCUUCAGUAUCAUCAAAGAACCCACACAGGUGAGAAACCGUUUGAAUGCUCAGAGUGUGGAAAGAGAUUCAUUGCAAAUGCUGGUCUUCAACAGCAUAAGAGAACCCACACAGGGGAGAAACCGUUUGAAUGCUCAGAGUGUGGAAAGAGUUUCAGUUUGAAUUCCAGUCUUCAAAAGCAUCUAAGAACGCACACAGGGGAGAAACCGUUUGAAUGCUUGCAGUGUGGAAAGAGAUUCAGUGAGAAUUCCAGCCUUCACCAGCAUCAGAGAACUCACACAGGGGAGAAACCUUUUGCAUGCUCAGAGUGCGGAAAGAGAUUCAGUUGCAGUGGAACUCUUCAGCAGCAUCAGAGAACCCACACUGGGGAGAAACCUUUUGAAUGCUCAGAGUGUGGAAAGAGAUUCAGUUGGAGUGGCACUCUUCAGCAGCAUCAGAGAACCCACACUGGGGAGAAACCUUUUGAAUGUUCAGAGUGUGGAAAGAGAUUCAGUGCAAAUGUUGGUCUUCUACUGCAUAAGAGAACCCACACAGGGGAGAAACCAUUUGAAUGCUCAAAGUGUGGAAAGAGAUUCAGUGUGAGUUCCAGUCUUCAGCUGCAUCAGAGAACCCACACAGGGGAGAAACCUUUUGAAUGCUCAAAGUGUGGAAAGAGAUUCAGUGUGAAUUCCAGUCUUCAGCAGCAUCAGAGAACCCACACAGGGGAGAAACCUUUUGAAUGCUUAGAGUGUGGAAAGAGAUUUAGUAACAGUGGCAAUCUUCAAAGGCAUCAAAGAACCCACACAGGGAAGAUGACUUUUGAAUGCUCAGAGUGUGGAAUGAGAUUCAGUGUAAGUUCCAGUCUUCAAAAGCAUCAGAAAACCCACACUAAGGGA